ACGGGGACGUAAGCGUUGUUGUUGUGGAAGAAAACGAUUGAACCUGAUAGUGUAGACGGGGAGCGUUUUUAGACGAAAAUGCUGGUUUCAAAUUUAUCUGGAUUAGUGUAGACGUAGUAGAGAGUUAAAUGCAGAGCCGCGAGUUUAAAUAAAAAUAAUGAUACUGAUUCGUGUAUGUCUCUAAUUCGUGAGGACGAUGUGCUCUGUGUGUGUCACGUGAUCUUGAUCCUAACGUCCUAAGUCCGAGGAUCCAUGUAAGAGUUGGCGGAGACGGUAAUUCUGAUAAUUCUGAUGAAAGUCUCCAGUGUUCUCAGCCUCACAUGUCAUCAAGCAGAGUAUCAGAUAGGAAAUGAAUGCUGUCCGAAGUGCCUUGCAGGGAGUCGAGUGAAAAUGCACUGUAAUGAGUAUAGAAGUACGUCAUGUCUGCCAUGCAUGGAUGGAACCUUCACUGAUCAACCUAAUGGCCUGGAGCGAUGUAUUCCCUGUACAAACUGUGACUCAGCUCUUGGUCUGAGGGUAAACAAGCAGUGUACAACAACAUCAGAUACAGUCUGUGAACCACUGGAGGGAUUCCACUGUGUUUCUUUUGUAAGACUCAGCUGUGACAUAGCGCAGAAACACAAACGCUGUAAACCAGGACAGUACAUCAGUCAGAAAGGAACCGCCUCCACAGACACUGAGUGCUCUGACUGCAGCAGUGGAACAUUUUCAAAUGGAACAUUUCACUCCUGUCAGCCACACACACAAUGUCACCUAUUCAACCUUCAGCUGGUAACAGCAGGCACAUCUGCAGCUGACGCUCAGUGUGGAGAACACAGUUUUAAUGUGGGAGCAGCUGUUGGUGGAGCUGUGUGUGUUUUAAUUGUAAUUACUGGAGGAGGGGGAUUAUUAUUAUGGCACUUAAAAAAGAGGGCUCCGUCUAACAGACCACCAAUCAAAGAACAAGGCACAGAUGGGGAGCGUUUAGCGAUGGCAUCAUCAGAAGGUGAUAAAAGAGCAAAUGCAGACCAUAAUGAAGGAAUCCCUCUGUGAGCCAUCUACUUCUUUCUGUGCUGUUUCAUGUGUUGUGGAGAAAAAAGUGAUCCAGCUACCUCAUAAAACACUGUAGCAGACUUGCAUCACAUCCUCCCUCCACCACCAGUCCACCAAUACUAUGAUGAUCUUUUGUGGGGCCAUCUUAAAAGAUAUAAAACACAUAAACAAUUACAAGAACUUAUGUACUGGUCUGAAAUGAGUCUGAAUGUGUACAACGCAGUUGUACAAACUGUAGAGAUUACCUGGAAAGCUCCAACAAACUUUGUUCAGCAGGCCUGCAGAAGUCCUAGGAGAAAACCUCAUGGGACCCCUUACCUACAGUGUCGGUGGAAACCUGUAUUUAAUAGUCUUAACAGGCUGGAGGGGACUGUUAUCGCUUUAUAAAGUGUCAGCAGAAACCAAAGCUCACAUCCUAACCAGAGAAAUACUCCCCUGCUGGGUUAUACCAGCUUACAUCCUCUUAGACCGGGACCAACUGUUCAUAUCCUCGGAGUCUAAAGAAUCCUGCAGACUGUGGAAUCUUCAGCUGAAUCCUCCAUGUCAUCCUGAAACCAAACUGACUGAAAGUGUUGUUCCUCUGGGGUCAGAUCUUCAUGAAGCAGUCAGGUUCUUUGUGAGUCUAUUCUGUGCAGCAGCAGAGAGAGAGAGCAGCAGACAGGAGAGACGAUACUGGAGCUGUUAUCAUCAGUGUGCACAUACAAACGUUCCCUGUUUAUGAGAUAUACAUGGGAUAUUAUUAUAGGAAAUAUCAGUGACUUCCUGCUGGAUCUGUACUCUGAUGUGAAGAACUGUGAAACUAGAACAGGCUUGAGUGUCCUUCCAUCAUUACAGUCAGUUUUACAAUCAGUUCCUGCAGUCUGGUUCAUAAAGCUCUCAGAGAGAAAGACCUCCAUCCUCCUGGAAGUGCUGAAACUCCAACCAGAGAAGAAACAAGUGGAGCUGAAACUUUGCAUGAUAUAUGGAAGAAAAACACAAAACUGGAUCUGCUGAUAGCUUCAUCAUUCCCUGCAGUUCAGAUCCUGCACUUCUUACAGUGACACCUUUACCUAAAAACACUCAAUAAUAACAAAAUGUUUUUUAUGCUUCUUAUUAAAACCUGACUUGAUUACAAAGACUUGAUCAGGUCUGAACCUUUCCCCUUAACCAGCAGCAGCAGUGCUGUGAUUUCUGAGAAAUAUAAAAACUGUUGCAAUUGUAAAACUUUACUACUUUACUUCUGUCAGUCUGUCCCAGGGCAGCUGUGGCUACAACUGUAGCUUGCCUCCACCAGUGUGUGAAUGUGUGUGUGUGAAUGGGUGGAUGACUGGGUGUGUAAAGCGCUUUGGGGUCCCUAGGCGGGACUAGUAAAAGCGCUAUACAAAUACAGGCCAUUUACCAUUUACUUAACAACUUUGUGACUUGUAAAUGUUUAGGUUUAAUAAAUAAUUGUGUAUCUCCUCCUGUAUUACUGAUCGCUAUAUACAUAUACAGUAUACAUAUAUACUGCUUGCCUCCUCCCAGACUGAGACGUGACUUCCUGGAAAAAAUUGCUGAACUUUUCUCCAAAAUGACAACAUUUGACUGCAUUUAGGUGAUUUUAACACGCACACUGACAGUAACAGCUCUGACAACGGACAAUUCACCACUUUAUUAACAUGUUUUAAUUUUAAGCAGCAUGUGACAGAACCCAGCCAAACAACAGGUCACAGCCUCGAUCUGAUUGUUUCCAGAGGCCUCAGUGUCCCACUUACAAAUGUUUUACACGUCUCGCAUCAUUAUUUCAUAUUUUCAGAAAUGUUCUUCUUCUGUCAAAACAAAUACAAACAGAUUUAUCAGUAAGAGUCAUGUCAGUGCCAGCACAGCUAACACAUUCACCUGUGAGUGUUCAGGUUUCAUUAGCAUUAUUGUUUUUAUAUGAUGAAAUGAUCGGCAACCGCUCCAAUACAAGUUCUCUAAUUAUAUUGUUCCUAUUAUUUCCUAUUUAUUGUUGAUAUGGCAACAUAUUAAUGUAUGUAGAACAACAAAAGCAGCCUGGAUGUGAUUUAUGAAUAACUGAUUUCUUGUUUUGUUUCUGACAAAUGCGCCGUUUUUGCUUUUGUUGCAUGAACAAACUGGUUAUGUGUUAGGUUAGUGUGAGCUUUGACUUCACUUCCAUCCUGCGUGUGCUUUGGAUGUAUCUGAGCUGACAAAGGUCCAAUCUUGCAUGUCAGGGCAGAAAGGAUUCAUUUACAUACUUGGGUUUAUUGAACAGUCACAGUUUGUGAAAGUGUUUCUCUCCUCAGUGUGGAGCAGACACAGUGGACAGGAAUGCAUCCAGCUGUGUUUCCUGCAUCCUCCAGUCUGGAUCGUCCUGCAGUCACAGUGAAGGUGUUCAAUCCACAGUCUGCAGCACAGAACUGAAUGAAGCACAAGCUUGAAGAAAUUCAAUGAAGAGUUUAUGUUUAUAAUGCUGUGAGUGUGAAUGCUUGUCUGUCUGUGUGAGUUAACCCUGUAACAGACUGCCAACCUGUCCACGUGUUACUCCACAGAGUAACUCUGGUGAACAGAGCAGAGUGGAUGGGUUAGUCUGUUUUUCAUCUUGUCGUGAUCAAAACGAUGUACCAUUAAACAUGAAUGUGUUUACUGUC